AUGGACGCUGAAGAAGAAACAGAGCGCAAAAGGGAGCACGAAGACGAUGAAAAUGGCGUAGAGGAACAACCGGCUCGAAAGAAGAAUAAAGCAAAGCGCACCUAUUUUGUGCUUCCGCUGCAAGGUAUUCGUAACAGCGAAGGUGAUCUCUUUCAUCAUACCGGCCGGCGUGCACUUUGCGAAAAAGGACUGCAACGGCUUCAAGAGGCCGGAAUCACCAUCAAGGCCAGGCGCUUUGCAAAGGCUGAGGACGAGACCAUUCAACGGAAUUGGUAUGAGUUUGCCGAUCAAUAUGGACUCGACGAAAAAGACGUUCUGUACCUCUGCGGCGUCAAUGCAAAGCCAGGACCCACAGUGAUGGACGAGCGUGGAGCUUUCAUAUUGAAGACGCACUUCUUCCCGAGAAUGUGCCGAAAUUUGGAGCACCGGACUGCCACAGCGGUAAUUGAAGCGGUUCUGCGCCUUUACGAUCCCGUUGCGAAGGAUCCAAACAUCGACUAUUCUUUGAAAUUCACGAAAGAGGAAGAUGACAUGCUUCAGGAAUACUAUCAAAAGGGAUGGACCUUCUUUAAAAUCGCCGAGGCAAUGAAGAAGCCGAAGGCACGAGUCAAGUCGAGAAUCACGUACUUUCGAAAACAGGGCCUGAGCAGGUCCAAGAACAUCCGAUCCAGCGGAGCCUCUAUAGAUGAUUUCUAUUGGAUGGCUUCAUACACACGUGCCCGCUAUCAACGAGGUUUUCCGAUGCCUGAAACUGGAAUCUUGGAUGCGAAUGGAGAUUUCUUCCUUCAUGCGAACCCAAAGUACAAGCUCACGCUACCCGUUUUGGAACGCUUGCAGAAGCAUAACGUCGUGCUCGAAGCGACUCCGCUCACCGAUGUGGAGAAGCGAAAAGCUCUUCGAAACGCCACGAAAUUGAUGAAGGAAUUCGGAAUGGGUCGAUUGCUUUUUAUCUGUGUGCUCAACUUUACCAAAUAUGCGCAGGCUUUGUAUAAACGACAUUCGGACAUCUUGGAAGCUCCAGACGAUCGGUUCUUUGAUUGGACCUUCCAACAACGACAACUAUUCACAGCCACGAAUCGGUUUUGGCCUAGGCUUUGCGAAGGACUACCAACUCGUGCCUCAAAUACGAUCUGCUCGGCCAUUUUUGAUUUGCUCGACCCUGCCAACGAUUUUCCCGGUGCUAUGGAUCCGCCGACGCAGGAGGACUACUACGAACUCGAUCGGCUUUAUCGAAUUCAUCGCUGUCGUUCCCUGGUUGCAGUUUGGUCAGGCAAGCCCUUGCUGAAGACUUCAUGGACGUUACAGUUACACAAACGUCGGUCGGUCCCUCUACGUCGGACGGAAAGGAGACGACUGUGGAAUAUCUUGGCGAAGCACUACGUUGGCGGUGGACCAAAAUUGGUGCGAAAAGAAUUGCGGAAGGGCAGAUCGAAGUUUGACUACAAAAUGAUGGCAAGAUUGUUGUGUCGACACAUUCACAUUGUACGCGACGCUUGGCGAGAGAUCAUCGACGAUUUCCGGGAGCAGCUUGAGGAGAAAACGUUCGAUGAAGCCGUUGAGGCAGUCAUCCCGAAGCCCUAUCGAAUCACUGGUCGGGAAUUUCACGAUUUUCUCGAGCUUUUCAUCGACUACAACCCAAAUGUAGGAAUGAGAUACAUGAGGUUCCGGGACAGAGAUCGUCUGAAAAUUGAGCGGGGUAUGGUGCGACUCGGCCUUACCGGCUUCUACACGGGAUUCCGAAAUGAAUUUCAGUAUUGUAUCGAACUGCUGAGAAGAGUUGUUUGUAGAAUUUGCCACAACCUGAAGCCGGUGGUGGAUUUGACGACGGUGGCUAGGAACGAUGCCUUGAAGGUACUUUCCAAGUGUUCUGCCUCGCACGGUGAUAAAGCCUUACGCUCUGUUUCCACGAAAAACUUUGUGGAUACGCUGUUGAGUCACAUGGCGGAGUAUCACCCGGAUUGGCAGCCACCGGAAGGACUGCUCGAUUGGGCGGAGAGAUUGGCCGAGUUGCAGGAGAAAGAUGGUCCCUCGAAUGUAAAUAAC